UAACACUUUUGUACAACAUUGAACCAUUGUUCCCAGCUUUAUAUUUUUUUUAACCUUUGAGCCACGUUCAUUGCUUGUCUACCAGUUUCUUUUUUUCUUUGACGUGAUCACUUUUUACUGUUUAUGCAAUGGGAGUUGACAUUUCACUCGUUUUUCGAGUCAUCAAUUGCAUUGUAGCUGCCUUUAUGGUAGUCGGUGCCGUGGGCAAGAUCAUUAGUGUAGGGUUUCCCAAUUUCAUCACUGGUAUUUUCUGCAUUAUCUUUGGCAUUGUUACGGCCGUAUUCGAAUUUCGAUUGCCUGCGCAAGUUACCCAGUAUGCUUCAUUUAUGUUCUCGUUCCUUGGCCGUGGUUUAUUUUACAUUUUUAUCGGUUGCAUUACCUUGAACUACGAGGCACUCACCAUUGCUUCAGGUGUCAUUAUCAUCGUGGUUGGUGUCGCAUACGUGGUUCUACACUUUGUCCCUGGUAUUCAGGCACCCAUCAAUAUGCAAAAGUCGGCAUUUGAAGAAUCGCUCGGAUACUCGACACGCCCAACGGAUGAGGGUGGUGUUAAUCCAUCCGGUGCUUCCUAUAACGCUGGCUCAUAUCCCACCAAGACCUAUGUCUCUGAUGGUCCUACUGUAUAAGCAUCGAUCCCAUCUCUUCUUGCCCUGUCCUCGAUGGCCACCAUUUUCAAACUCUUCUUGACAUAUUCUUAUCCAUUUCAACCCCUAUUAUUAUCCUUGUACCCCCGCAACCAUUGUAAUAGUAACCACCACUCACACCCACACCUCUGUCCUUACUCACAUCUGCAUUUUUGGUCGUGGACAAUAACACCUUUUUAUCAAAGUAUUUAAAACCAUAAUAUAAAGAAAGAACAUUAUAU